GACAGAGCCUGUGAAUAGUAAAUACGCUUUGUCCCAAAUGAGUGCUGGGAAUCAGUCAGUGUGAAGGCAGCAGCAGGGAAGGAGAGACUGGACAGCUCGGGGCUUACAGCGCUUGGGACUCUUCCUGCACCUGACUCCCGGGACCGGACGAUAUGGGAACGGCGAUCUGACCCUCACCAGGAGCUGCCACGACUCUGGGCACUAUUUUGCUCCUGAAAAGAAAUAGAUUACUAGAUAAAAAAUGUCUGUCAGCAAUCAUGAGAACCGCAAGUCCCGUUCCAGCACUGGUUCGAUGAACAUCCACCUGUUCCAUAAGCCUGGCCAUGCUGACAGCCUUCUAACACAUCUUAACCUGCUUCGCAAGCGCUGCCUCUUCACAGAUGUGGUCCUACUGGCAGGGAAUCGGGCUUUCCCUUGUCACCGAGCUGUACUUGCUUCCAGCAGCCGUUAUUUUGAAGCUAUGUUCAGUGGUGGUCUUAAAGAGAGCCAGGACAGAGAAGUCAACUUUCAUGAUGCUUUGCACCCUGAGGUCCUUGAGCUUCUACUGGAUUAUGCCUACUCUGCCCGGAUUAUUUUCAAUGAGGAGAAUGCGGAGUCCUUGCUGGAAGCUGGGGAUAUGCUACAGUUUCAUGACAUCCGCGAUGCAGCCUCUGAAUUCCUCGAGAAGAAUCUCCAUACAGGAAACUGCCUGAAUAUGAUGCUGAUAUCUGACGCUCACUGCUGUGAGAGACUAUUUGAGCUGUCUUGGAGAAUGUGUCUUUCCAAUUUUGUGGAGUUGUCAAAGGCAGAUGACUUCUUUAGGUUGCCAAAGCUAAAAUUGAUGGAACUGGUCCUUAGUGAAGAGCUUGAGGUGGAAGAUGAAAGUUUAGUGUACGAAGCAGUGAUGGGGUGGAUAAAAUAUGAUCUUUGUCUUCGUCUGGAUGAUUUACCAGAUCUACUGAGAUAUGUCAGGUUAGCUCUACUACCUGAGCAAUAUCUGCGAAGUUUAGCCACAGAUGAUCUUGUAACUCAGAACAAGCUGGCAAAGGCAAUCGUUGAAGAAGCAACUCAAUGCAGGAACAAAAUUCUGCAGAAUGAUGGUUUGGUAACUGGAUUCUGUGCCCGUCCUCGGAAAAUUAACCAGGCCCUGCUGCUUUUGGGAGGACAAACGUUUAUGUGUGACAAGAUCUAUGUGAUGGACCCAAUAACCACAGAGAUUAUACCCAAGACUGACAUUCCCAGCCCACGUAAAGAAUGUAGUGCAUGUGCAAUUGGAUGCAAGGUUUAUGUAACGGGAGGAAAGGGGGCAGAGAAUGGAGCUUCAAAGGAUGUCUGGGUCUAUGACACGCUGCAUGAUGAAUGGUCCAAGGCAGGACCCAUGCUUGUUGCUAGAUUUGGCCAUGGAUCUGCAGAGCUAGACAACUGCUUAUAUGUUGUUGGUGGGCAUACAGCCACCACAGGAGCUUUCCCAGCAUCUCCUUCUGUCUCCCUGAAGCAGGUUGAACAUUAUGAUCCUCAGCUUGAUAAAUGGAGCUUGGUGGCUCCCCUUCGAGAAGGUGUGAGCAAUGCUGCUGUUGUGGGAGCAAAGAUGAAACUUUUUGUGUUUGGAGGGACUAGUGUCAACCGUGAAAAACUUCCCAAAGUUCAAUGUUUUGACCCAAUCCAAAAUAGAUGGACUGUGCCUGCCACCUGCCCCCAACCCUGGCGUUACACAGGAGCUGCUGUUUUAGGGAAUCAUGUCAUUGUGGUGGGAGGGGACACAGAGUUCUCUGCCAGUUCAGCAUACCGCUUCAACAGUGAAACUUAUCAAUGGUGUAGGUUUGGAGAUGUUUCCUCUAAAAGGAUUAGUUGCCGUGUAGUUGUCUCUGGCAAUAGACUGUAUGUAGUUGGUGGAUACUGCGGUUCGCAACGUGGAAAGACACUGGACUGUUACGACCCUUCAAGUGACACAUGGAGCAGUGUGACCACAGUACCUUACUCUCUGAUCCCAACAGCCUUUGUAAGCACAUGGAAGUAUCUUUCUGCUUGAAUCAUAAGAAUCUUCUGGAUGAUUACUUGGUAUAACAAUCUUACCAUGGUGGAACAGCCUGGAAUACAAACGUCUUGUGUCCACCAGGAAAACAACAUCAACAAAUGAAUCGUGUUCAUCAGUGUUAAUGUGUGAGGACUGGACAGUUACUGGCUAGUCUGACCACUCUCUAGUGCAUUAUUUACUCGUGUACUGAAAUGAAGUCAGAAAUGUUUGUCAUUUUAUAUUAAAAUGAGUUAUUUUUCAUUUAUUUAUUUUUUCCUUUUUUAAAACUUUAAAUUCUUGAUUUAAAUAAGCAAGAAAGAAUAACGCAUGCAUUCCUACUUAACAUUCCAACAAAAUGUGUAUGCACAAUGCAGCAGUAAUGUAACAUUCCACUACAGCUUGGCACAAUGUGUUCCAGAGAUCACAAUACAUAGAAGAACCUGCUGAUAAAAUGUGUAUAAAGACAUACUGUAUGUUGUAAACUCUGCAGCAACAGAUUUUAUAUUCCAAGCUGGUUUGUAAAACCUUAUAAAUGCAAUGAAUCACUUUCUGAUACUUCUGUAGUGGAUUCUAUCUCUGGUGUGAAUAAGGGCCUUCAAACUAGAUGAUGGUAUAUCUGUGAUCUGUGCAUGUCACUACUUCCUAGUGCACAAGAUUUGCAGUUUUUAUAUUUUAUGAGACUGUACAACCUAUUUUACAAUAAUUUUCCUUUAAUUGUUGAAUUUAUGGUACAAAAUCUAAUACAAAAACAAAAAAUACUUAGUAGCUUGAUUAGACAGGUUGUAAUAUUAUCCUAGCACUGAAGGAACAAGCAGGCAGCAGGCCAGACCUGUUCAUUGACUUGGCAUUGUUCCUAGGAAGGCUAGAAUUUUUUGUUCUAAACAAAUGAAUCUGUCAAAUUGCAAAAGAAAAUGACAUGUACCAACAUGCUUUGUCACAAGCGGUUAGUGCAAGAGACAGACUGCCAUCUAUCACAAAUCAUGUAACAUUGGUCCUUAAUGUAACUAAACCACAAACCAUUUUGGAUUUCUUUUUAAAUGAUCUCUGCUUUAAACUGAUAGUUAAACCAGACUUCUUCAUGUCUCUGAAAUUCCAUCUCAUGUGGUACAGUAUGUCAAUAGAUCAAUAAAAGGUUUGCUUUGUAUGUCAGAGCAAUCUCAUUUCUGAAACAUCCUUAACUUGUAUCACACAGGCAUUUUCUUUGUUCUCCGUACAUUCAGCACAGUGCUUGUGGCUCUGAGAGCGCUCUGGCAAGUAACAAUUAGCACAGGCUGGGGUUUUACUUGGUAGCGUCUGUGUGUAUGCAGAUCUGAAAUAAACAUGUAUGAAUAGCUAAUUCUUACAAGGGCUGUGUGGUUUUGUUUUUGUUUGGAUUUUUCCCCCCAAGAUCUAGCUGCAUUUUCCAAUCAGUUACUCUUGUGAAGUGAGUGUAUAAUGAUUUUAUUCCCGGAAGCAUUAAAUAUCCCACACUCAAUUUUCCCAUUUGAUCUCACUAAACUGGCAAGUUGCUACUUGUCUGAAAGCCUCAGACAUUCCAAAUAUAAUCUCACAACACUGUUUAUACAUCAUAUAUACUUCCACCCAGUGCUCAAAACAAAUAUCCAUUGUAACCUAUAUCUGUAAUAGUCUCCAUGACCAUUUCUGUUGAUUGUAGAAUUGUGUGCUAAUUAACAAACUAGCAAGAAAAAAAUAAUUUAAAAAAAUAUACACGUGAGUCUUAUUGUGUUAGCUAAAAUAAAAUGUCUUUGUAUAUUUAGUACUGUUCAGCCUGGAGCUGAUAUUUGUCAAAUUUCAAUAAAUAAAAAAAGAAAAGAAA